AUGUUACCGGCGCCAGGUGUCCUCUCCACCGCCGUUUCCAUUUCCGCCAUUCACUCACCGAACAAGAGACCAAAUAAGGUUUGCAUGUGUGAACAUCUCAUUGAUGAUGACCUGAUUAACAACAAUUUGCCUCUUCUUGUUGAUACUCACAAAGAAACUAUUAUCGAAGAUGAAAGAAGAGUAUGGAGAGGAGCACACCUAGAAUUGUAA